AUGUACUACUCUGAAGAAUUGAACCUUCCUAGAACAGAUCCCACACGCUGGUUACUAAAAACCGAUAAAUUAGGUAGGGAAACUUGGCAUUAUGAGGAUAGCGCUGACACUCCUGCUAAACAGACGAAUUUCGUCAAAUGGUUGUUGAAAGUUGACUCUUUCCCCACACCAAAGUAUGAAUAUCCCAUUGCUGCGAACCACCCAAAGUAUUCAGCCAUUGACUCAGCUAAGAGAGGAGCCGACUUCUUCUCCUUAUUGCAAGACGAGAAUUCGGGAAUCUUUCCUUGUCAGUACAAGGGUCCCAUGUUUAUGAUGAUAGGGUAUGUUACUUCGUGCUUGUACACAGGAACAGAAAUACCCACACCUUUCAAAACCGAAAUGAUUCGGUAUAUAGUCAAUAAUUCUCACCCAGUUGAUGGAGGUUGGGGUUUACAUUCUUCGGAUAAGCUGACAUGUUUUGGAACUUCGAUGAAUUAUGUGUGCCUUAGGUUACUUGGUUUAGAAGCGGAUCAUCCAGUUUGUGUAAAAGCAAGAAAAACCUUACAUAGACUUGGUGGUGCAUUGGGGAAUCCGCAUUGGGGGAAAGCCUGGUUAUCCAUUUUAAACAUUUAUGAAUGGGAAGGAGUUAACCCAGCACCUCCUGAAUUGUGGCUCAUGCCUUAUGAUUCAUUCCCAAUUCACCCUGGUAGAUGGUGGGUCCAUACUAGAGCUAUUUACUUGCCCUUAAGCUACAUUUCGACCAAUAAAUUGAAAUGUGGGUUAACACCUCUUUUAUCAGAACUCAGAAAUGAAAUCUACGUGCAGGACUACUCUAGUAUUGACUUUGCAAAGCACAGAAACACCGUGUGUGGUGUUGAUUUGUAUUAUCCUCAUACCAAAUUGCUCGACACUAUGAACUGGUCGCUUGUUAAAUAUGGAGACUGGUUGCGACCUAAUUGGUUAUUGGAAAAAUCCAAUAAAAAAGUCUAUGAAUUGAUUGAAAUGGAAUGCAAGAACACUGACUAUCUUUGCAUUGCACCCAUUAACUUUGCGUUCAAUAUGAUUGUUACGUAUCAUAGAGAGGGGCCCAAUUCCCAAGCAUUUGAUCGAUUUAAGGACAGAAUGAAUGAUGUAGUUUUCCAUGGACCUCAGGGAAUGUGUGUAAUGGGUACCAAUGGGGUCCAAGUAUGGGACGUAGCAUUUAUGGUUCAAUAUUUCUUCAUGGCAGGAUUAGCUGAAGAUCCAAAGUACUAUGACACCAUUGUUAGGGGGUUUAAAUUCUUGAUUAGGUCGCAGUUCGAUACCGAAUGUGUCCCAGGCUCUAUGAGAGACAAGAGAAUUGGAGGCUGGCCAUUUUCCACAAAAGAUCAGGGAUAUACUGUUAGUGAUUGUACCGCUGAGGCCAUGAAGGCAAUUAUAAUGGUAGGAAACCAUCCCAAAUAUGCUCAUUUGAAAAAGGAAUUUGUUGUGGAUAAGAACUUGUACGAGGCAGUUGACGUAAUCUUGAACAUUCAAAAUAAAUCGUCAUUCGAGUUUGGAUCGUUCUCGUCUUAUGAGAAAAUCAGAGCAACCCCACUUUUGGAAAAAUUGAACCCUGCUGAGGUAUUCAAUAAUAUCAUGGUUGAAUACCCCUAUGUAGAGUGUACAGAUUCCUCUGUACUAGGAUUAACGUAUUUUGCUAAAUAUUAUCCGGAGCACAGAAAGUAUGAGAUCAAGGAUGCAAUAAGAAAUGCAAUUCAGUAUAUUACUGAGUCGCAAGACCCACAUGACGGAUCCUGGUAUGGGUGCUGGGGUGUUUGCUUUACCUAUGCAUCAAUGUUUGCCUUGGAAGCGUACCACUCAGUGGGGCAAAACUAUUCUAAUAGUAAACCGGUUCGUAAGGGCUGUGACUUCCUUAUUUCCAAACAGAGAGAAGACGGCGGAUGGUCUGAGUCGAUGAAGAGUUGUGAAACACACACAUAUGUAUCACUGGAAAAAUCAUUGGUUGUUCAAACCGCCUGGGCAUUAAUUGGCUUGAUUCUAGCUGACUAUCCGGAUAAGGCACCUAUAGAAAGAGGUAUUGAACUAUUGAUAAGUAGACAACUUCCAAGUGGAGAGUGGAAAUUUGAAGAAAUAGAGGGUGUUUUUAACCAUAGCUGUGCCAUUGAAUAUCCCAACUAUCGGUUUUUGUUCCCAAUCAAAGCGUUGGGCUUGUAUCAUCAGCUGUACGGAGCCAAGUAA